GGACAAAUUUUCAAAUAGAGAGCAUGGCCUGUUCUCCAGAAUGCCUCUUUUAGCCUGUCAAAGACCUAGGGUGUACUGAUGGAUAUUGCCUUUUUCCUUGUCAGAAACUUUGACCCCUCAGGACUGUAGAGUAGAAGUGGCCAUAAGGUCCAGCAGCAGUGAGGCCUCUAGGAAAGCGAAGGUGAGGGUUGAAUUACAUUUGUCUGGAUAAUUUUCUUUCAGACUCCAGACUGCACAAGUCAAGGGUUGUGGGGAACAACACCAAUUUAUUAAUUUAUUGCUCUUGUCAGCCUUAAUCCUGAAUGGAAACUGGGGAGAAGGGAGGAAAUGAUGUGCAGAGACAUUGGGGGUCUACCAGCAUUCUUUCUGCACAAAUAGCAUGUGUAGAAUUAGAGGAGAAAAUGAGGAGUCAUUCAGAAUAAUCAUAGUAAGUCGUUCUCCUUGGAUUCCUUGCAUGUGUCUUUAGAUAACCUUGAGCUUGUAAACCAGCAGAUGCAUCUCUACCUCUGGAGACAAAGAGUGAGGGUCCAUUGUUAAUGUCAGCUUCUACCUCUGUUCUUGCAGAUCAUACCUGUGAAGUGAAUGGCUGUGGAAAAUGACUCCUCUGUGACUGACUUUAUCCUUAUGGGAUUAACAGACCAACCUGAACUCCAACUACCUCUGUUUUUUCUGUUUUUGGUGAACUAUGUGGUCACUGUGGUGGGCAAUUUGAGCUUAAUUAAUUUAAUUUGCCUGAAUUCACACCUUCACACCCCCAUGUACUUUUUCCUCUUCAAUCUGUCCCUGAUUGAUCUCUGUUAUUCAUUUGUCUCUACCCCAAAAAUGCUGAUGAGCUUUAUUUCGGACAAGAACAUCAUCUCCUUAAUGGGAUGCAUGACUCAGUUAUUUUUCUUCUGCUUUUUUGUCAACUCUGAGUGCUAUGUGUUGACAGCCAUGGCCUAUGAUCGCUAUGUGGCCAUCUGUAAACCUCUGCUGUACACCAUUACCAUGUCCCCUCAAGUCUGUUCUCUGCUGAUGUCUGGUUCAUAUGUGAUGGGUUUUGCUGGUGCCAUGGUCCACACAGGGUGCAUGAUCAGGCUGAUCUUUUGUGACUCCAGUGCCAUUGACCAUUACAUGUGUGACAUUUUUCCCCUCCUCCAGCUCUCCUGCAGCAGUACCUAUGCCAGUGAGCUGGUUAUCUCUGUUAUUGUGGGCUCAGUUGUCAUUGCAUCUAGCCUCAUUAUCUUUAUUUCUUAUUUUUUGAUUCUUUUCAAUAUCCUUCACAUCUCAUCAGCUCAGGGUUGGCCCAAAGCCUUCAGCACCUGUGGCUCCCACAUAGUAACUGUUGGCCUGUUCUAUGGAUUUGGGUUGCUCACUCAUGUCAAGCCAUCAUCUUCUGGGUCUGUGAGCCAAGGGAAAUUUUUCUCAGUGUUUUACACCAAUGUGGUACCCAUGCUCAACCCUUUCAUUUAUAGCCUCAGGAAUAAAGAUACCAAACUUGCUCUGAAGAAAACCCUGAAGAGAAUUACAAACUGAGUAGAACCAUCUAUGUCUCCUUUACUAUGUCUUUUUGUCUGCUCUCUGGUCUUCUUCAUCCUCUUCUUAUUUUUUUCCUUCCUCUUACCCUUUAUAAAGUCUUCUGGGCAGGAUUUCUACCUUAGUUUCCUUUUUUCCCCCUCUUGUCACUUAAUGUAACUAUUUGGGCCUAUUCCUGGACUUGAGGGUCAUCCUCAGUUCUAAGGUGACCCCAAACUGAUCUUUAUUCACCGUAUCAGUUGGAGACACAAGGCUAACCUUUCCUAUUUAAGGAUAAUUCUACCUAUUAGUUUUUCUCUUGUCUUUCCCAUCCAGGGUAAGCCAUCAGGUAGUAUGCU